CGUUUACAUGAUAAUAGAACCGAACCGAAUCGAUCCAAAUGAUAUCGAACCCUACAGAAGCAGGUUCGCUUCACAUGCAUACUGUGUUAUAGUUAACGAUAGCUGAGCGUGUGGUCCGUUAUUUUAGUGUUUGAUGCGGUGAGUCCGGUUCGGUGCUGCUGAUCCGGAGCACAGAGCGGAAACUAAUAAUCAAAAAGCAGAUUGAUGAGAUCAGAUUUAAAUCGGACGGCGAGAAGCCAGAGUCGAUGUGCUUUAACCGCUGUUUGGAUUGCGAUCGCCGUGUAGGCAGCAGUAUGUCAGAUCUGUGUGAGGAGAAAGCAGUGUAGAGAGCUGCUGGAUCAGUCCACUGACUGACUGACUGACUGGAGCAGGCCGAUCGCAGAGGCUCAACCGAUCACCAACCAUAUCGAGGCCUCGUCGGGAAGUCGACGGCAGGUUGAGCCGUACUCCGCGCACUCUGAGCCGGGUAGGAGCGCCGACUAGAUUCGGGGAUUCACACAAGGCCUUAAUCAAGAAUGUCUUGCUAGCUGAGGAAGCUGCGGAUUAAACCAAAAAAAGAUCACAAGGUGAAGCAUUAACAACUUGGUCAUGAUGGAGGAACUGCACAGCUUGGAUCCUCGGAGGCAGGAGCUGCUGGAGGCUCGCUUCACCGGUGUCGGAGUCGCCAAGGGCUCUGGACACAACGAAUCAUCCAAUCACAGUCUGUGUAGCGUGGGCUCUCUGAGCGACAAGGAGCUGGAGACACCGGAGAAGAAGCCUAACGACCAGAGGACACGCAAGAGGAAAGGAGACCCUUUUGACAGCCAAGGCAAAGGAGGAGGUCGAGGACACAAAAUCAGUGAUUAUUUUGAGUUUGCGGGGGGUAGUGGCACUGGCACUGGCACUGGCACUAGUCCGGCGCGUGGUAUUCCUCCUGUGGUGCGAUCCUCUCCCCAGCACUCUCUCUCCAACCCUCCUGCUGCAGUGCAGCAGGGAAGUCCCUCCUCCGUCAGUUCAGCAAACGCAGACCACUCGCACUCCUCGUGUUCUCUUAAACCAGCCUUUCCACACACUCAGCACCGAACAACGCAGUCGGAUCUCACUAUGGAGAAACUGGCCGCAUUGGAGAGCAGUAAGAGUUCAGACCUGGAGAAGAAAGAAGGUCGUAUCGAUGACCUGCUCAGGGUAAACUGUGACCUGCGCAGACAGAUCGAUGAGCAGCAGAGGAUGCUGGAGCGCUGUAAAGAACGUCUUAACAAGUGUGUGAGCAUGAGCAAAAAGCUGCUCGUUGAGAAGUCGAAGCAGGAGAAGUUGGCGUGCAGGGAUAAGAGCAUGCAGGACCGCCUUCGCUUGGGCCAUUUUACAACAGUACGACACGGCGCCUCCUUCACCGAGCAGUGGACUGAUGGCUAUGCUUUUCAGAACCUGAUCAAACAGCAGGAGAAGGUGAACUCUCAGAGGGAGGAAAUUGAGAGGCAAAGGAAGCUCCUAGCCAAGAAGAAGCCACCCAGCGUCACUCAGACCCCGCCACCUAGCCUGGAACCCAAUAAACGCAAGAACAAGAGCAAUGGAGCGGAGAACGAGAUGUUGUCACUAGCGGAAUAUCACGAGCAAGAAGAGAUUUUUAAAUUGAGACUCGGCCACUUAAAGAAGGAGGAGGCUGAGAUUCAAGUGGAACUGGAACGGCUGGAGCGGGUGCGGAACCUUCACAUUCGGGAACUGAAGAGAAUACACAACGAAGAUAACUCCCAGUUCAAAGAUCACCCCACACUGAAUGACCGCUACCUGCUUCUUCACUUACUGGGCAGAGGUGGCUUCAGUGAAGUCUACAAGGCUUUUGACUUAACGGAGCAGAGAUACGUCGCUGUGAAAAUCCAUCAGCUUAAUAAGAACUGGAGGGAUGAGAAAAAAGAGAACUACCACAAACAUGCUUGUCGAGAGUAUCGCAUCCACAAAGAGCUGGACCAUCCGCGAAUAGUCAAACUCUACGACUACUUCUCUCUGGACACAGACUCGUUCUGCACGGUGCUGGAGUAUUGUGAGGGCAACGAUUUGGAUUUCUACCUAAAGCAGCACAAGCUAAUGUCCGAGAAAGAGGGAAGAUCUAUCAUCAUGCAGGUCGUCAAUGCCCUGAAGUACCUUAAUGAAAUCCGCCCGCCAAUCAUCCAUUAUGAUCUUAAACCAGGUAACAUUCUCCUGGUGAACGGCACAGCGUGCGGGGAGAUCAAAAUUACAGACUUCGGUUUGUCCAAGAUCAUGGACGAUGACAACUACGGCGUAGACGGCAUGGAGCUCACCUCACAAGGAGCAGGAACCUACUGGUACCUGCCCCCAGAAUGCUUCGUGGUAGGGAAAGAGCCACCCAAGAUCUCGAACAAAGUAGACGUGUGGUCGGUCGGAGUGAUCUUCUACCAGUGCCUCUAUGGAAAAAAGCCGUUUGGUCAUAACCAGUCCCAGCAGGAUAUCCUUCAGGAAAACACUAUACUGAAAGCCACAGAGGUUCAGUUCCCUCCCAAACCUGGAGUUUCACCUGAGGCUAAGGCCUUUAUUCGACGGUGUUUGGUCUACCGCAAGGAGGACCGCAUCGACGUCCAUCAGCUGUCCAGCGACCCCUUCCUGCUCCCUCACAUCCGCAAGUCCGUGGCCACGACCAACAACUCCAGCACGGCCGUCGCCUCCACCUCCAGCUCGUCCAACAGCAGCGCCUCAAACUGAGUUGCUCCACCCAUCCGCACCUGUCUGGUCGGAGCACGGAGGGUCGGGCUUCGUAUACGCCCCACUCGGCUCCGCCGGCCCCGAGGUGAUAUACACAGAGCGAGAGAGAGGAGGAGGAAGAGAAAAGGCGACGAGGGCAGGAACGGGGAUAUGUUCAACCCUCCGUACCCCUUUCCUCUCCCCAGCAUUUCGGAUCUUGUAAUGUCGGGAGGGGAGUCGAAAAAGCAAGCAAGCACAAGAUAUUUCAUGGACGGAAAGAACAGGAGAGGACGGAUUUACGACUGCUUGGACAGAUUGAAUAGACUGGGACAUGCCCUGCACCCCAACACACACACACACACACACACUAUACACACACACACACACACCUGUUCUCUUCAGUUUCUUUAAAGGCAAAAGGUUCAUAAUGUGGGUAGACCUUCUUCUGUAUAACAUUCUGCUACACGUUAUACCGCCUUGCUCCUGCUCUUACCCCGUUUUCAUCAAAUUCCCAGGCAGAUUGAUGAUGUCGUAAAAAAAGUAGUAUUGCUUUGAGCCUGCGUCAGUAUGAAUUGUCCACGUCGAAAUAGCCACAUCAGAUUCACCCGAGCACAUGACCAGCGCUGAUCCGAAACGGCUAUUUGCUGUUUUUAUUCGGUGUCAUGGUGAAGUCUUAAUGCUCUUUUCAGACCCUUGUGUUGGUCAGUCUUGCUUUUUUUUUUUUUUUUUUUUUUGACACCCUUCCUUCUCUGUGACCAAAGUCGAGCUCUGCCAGUAGGUGGUGCUGUUUACUUGAUUUUUCUAUUGUUAUUAUUUAGCUUUUUUAACGGUUUACUAGAGAGACAAGUUAUCUUGUAGAUGGGUUAGUGAUACUAACUAAUGGCCCCAGAAUUGUUCACUUUCAUGUUCGAUUGGAUAUUGGAAGUUUUACAUUUUUUUUUAAUUGAUUACAUUAGUAAUUGAGUUUCUUUAAUGCACGUACAUAUACAGUACAUGCACACGUUCACUCACUCACAUACACCUACACAUACAUGCUCAUAUUUAUUUGGGUCUGUUUAAAUAGCUGAUUCCUGGUCCUGAUUGUCUACUGUGUGGGAAGACGGACUUUAUGGAGUGAAAGGGGGGGGGAUGGUUUACGAGGGGUACAGGGCAGAAAUGGCAACGAUCAUUAAAUGCU